CAUUAGCACUAUGGCCCAACUAUCUGAAGUGGAUGACUUCAGUUAUCGGAGACUCUUUAGAGAAUUUCUGCGUCACAGUUAUAUCAAUGGAUUACAACCAUUGCUGCUCCACACGCCCGUGCAAUAUGCCAAAGCUUUCUGGCUGGCGUUUCUUGCUGUGGUUGUUGUCUGGACACACAUCGUUAUCGUCAACCUGACAAUCGAGUACAUCGACCAGCCGACUGAAAUUCACAUGGCACCCAAUCUGGUGCAUGUCUCCAACAGCCCAUUUCCCGCCGUCGGCGUCUGCCGCUCAAAUAUGAUCAGCAAGCGUUUAAUGCAAGGCUAUGCCUCCAAAAUCUAUCAGCACCAGUCCAUGCACCGCAAUGGCAGCGACUACUCCUCGCAAUUUACGCCGACUGUGAACGAUUUGGUUCGCCGCCUGCUGGUGCUGACCAAAUUCUAUCUGAAUGCGUACGACGAGGCGCCGUUGGAUGUCGCCGAAUUGGGUCAACUUCACUGGCUGCUCAACAGCUACUACAAUGGCAGCGGUUAUUCGGUGCAUGACAUUGUGAGGAGCCUGUCGCCAGACUGUGGCGACCUGGUCAUCCGUGGGAUCGUCUUUGGCGUGCCUGUGAACGCAAGUCAACUGUUUGUCAAGCGGACAACAUCGUCGAGUGUGUGCUGCAUAUAUAAUUAUCGCCGUCCCAGCUAUUCUCAAUAUCCUUUACAGCGCGCCAAGCACAAUGCUGAUAUGAAGGCUAUGCCGGAGGUUGUCUUCGAGUCGAAUUCCAUAUUAAAUGGCAUACAGUUUGUGCUGCAGGAUACAACGCCAGAUGACCACACCGAGAUCUAUCUAAGCAAUACGGCAUUUCGGCUGUUGAUAUUCCCAAAGGAGGAUUAUGCCACAGUGCAGUCCAAUAAUAAUGGCGAAAUACUCGUUGAUCACAAUACCAUUGUGGAAGUGCCCAUCCAGCCAAAAUUCUUUGACUCCAGCGAGGCAGUGCGGGGCGUAACACCUCAAAUACGUCGCUGUUACUUUCCUGAGGAGGGCACGCGUCUGUUAAAUCAAUCGUAUUAUUCCUUGGACGAGUGCUUGUUGCUCUGCCGGAUUGAGAGCAUGGUGCAGCACUGCGGUUGCGCCUCCGCUCCCCUGACGGGCAGCUCCAAUGUGAAUGUCAGCUACUGCACGCUCCUCGAUUUGCCCUGCCUGAUGAAGUGGCGCACCAUUUGGUUCGGCUACAAUGAGUAUCCGUUUGUGGAGCCGGGCGAUGGAAAGGAUACCACCAGCAUGACGCAAUGUGCCCAUUGUCUGCCCACCUGCGAUGGUGUCAACUUUGAGAUCGCCAGCAACGCGGCUCCCCUACGAAAUACCUACAAUUCAUCCGGCUAUUUCCAUGGUUUACUCAAGGGUCUGAAUAAUGAUCGCCCCUUGUCCAUCAUUAAGUUGUUCUACAAGCUACGCUUUGCGCAGUCCACAAAAAUGGACAUGGUCGGCGAUUGGAUUGUAUUGCUGAAUCGUUUUGGCGGCAUUCUGUCGCUGAUGUAUGGCUUCAGCAUAAUCAGUUAUAUAGAAAUUCUGUACUAUUUAACUGGCAAAUGGUUUGUUUACUACUACAGAGCCCUCAAGAAUCCCAAGCCAACUCGAACCAAAACAGAAUUGAACAAUCCAGCCUUUGAGUGGACUGAGUAGGCAAAUGCAGUAAAAGAAUGUGUCUCUAUUAUUAACUUAAAAAAAUAACUUGAAACCGUCUGAGGUUACUUAAGGAAACAUAAGCUAUAAGACCGAAGAGAAGUUUCACUUUUGCAAAGCAGCACUUAAAUUAAGCCAAAAGAGAAAUGGAUAAAUAAGUUAAGCACUAUUGUGACGAAUAACACACACACACUCAAAUACGCACUCGAACUAAUGACAGACUAUAUCAAAUGUCAUUAGACAGAACAAUUUAUUAUCUUAUCAGCAUUAUUCGGCAACGCUGGAUUCAGUCAGAAAUAUCCAAAGCCAAGAAGCAUAGCAUUGGGAAAGACAUUAGACGCCUCCGUCAGCACAUUCAAUUAGAGGAUCAUCAUGGGACCAAAAUGGGACAACGGCUAUAAAGCUACAGCGACCGAAGUUUAAUUAUUAUA